AUGAGCUCGCCGGACCUAACGGACGUACGCCAUCGCAGGCAACCAAUCACAGCCAAGCAAAGCUCAAUUGCCUCACUCGAUCCGCUGGCUGCAGCAAGAAACAUGGCUCCUACAAAAGCGCUGGUCGCAUACAAGAAGAGGGAUGGCAGCCUCACAGUAUCAGAAGACAAGAAAUAUCUCUUCUGGACGCCCUCCACACCAUCAGGCGCCUCGCCCACCGUGACCGUACCUAUAGCAGACAUCACCAAUCUUCAACAAACACCCGCGACCAACCCCAAAGUAGCGCUGAAAGUGCUUAUAAAAGGGGACAGCUAUGUCUUCAGCUUCACCAGCAAGGAUGCAGCCAGGAAGGAGCAGGAGGUCAUGACAGAUACGCUGAGAAAUGUCAUUGCGACGAACAAAUCAAGCGCGGCCGCACAACUGGUGCCUACGGCCGGCACGCCACAAGCAUCGCACAACGGUGCUGGCGAUCCUGGACAGAGCUCCUCGAUGGCAAUAGCGAAGGCCAUAUCCGCCAAGCCACAGGACGAGAGCUGGUACGACGACAGCAAACUCCGCUCCGACUUUCAACUCCAGCGCUCCCUCCUCGAGUCCAACAAAGCCCUAAACGACCGCUUCAACCAGGCCCUCCGAGACAAGCCCGAGUCCGUCACAGCACCACAGUUCACGACACAAUUCUGGUCAACACGGCUACACCUUCUCCGAGCCCAUGCCAUCGAAAAGGCGCAGAAGGAAGGCGAGUACAAUGUCCUACCAGAGAUCAAGUACAACACUGUCAUUAGUCCUGACGGUGAGCCGAUCAAGACGCUCAAUAUGACCAAGGAGCAGGUCCAGCUUAUUUUCAAGCAAUAUCCUGUUGUACGGCAGGCAUACAAUGAGACAAUACCAAAGCCUUUUGCUCAGCCUCAAAUAUUCUGGUCACGCUUCUUUGCUAGUCGGCUAUUGAAGAAGCUGAAAGGUUUACGGAUCGAAAAGCAAGAUCCUACAGAUCCUAUACUGGACUGGUAUCUGGAACAUCAGGAGCCAGCUGGACCGGCUUCAACAGCUAAUAUACCUCACAUCAUCGAUCUGGAAGGCAACGAGCAAAAUACCAAGUUCCGACUUGAAGGCGAUUACGAAAUGCGGGCUGCAAAACACGAUCGACCAAUUCUACAUCUACUGAAUCAAAUGAGUGAGAAGCUGCUAAGCCGCGUAGCACCCGAAGACGGCGAAGCACACGCACCCAUCGGUAUGGACGAGGCCACCUUCGAGCAGCUUCAACUCCGUGACCUGGCGCGUGAAGAUACAGACAACAGAGUUGUCCUCAACGUCCGAGAUCAGCACAGCUAUCUAGCCGCACCCGGCGAAGAGGACCUCUCAGCCGACGCCCGACUCUACGCAAAGCAGGAUCCAACAGAAGUCAUCUCCGCCCUGCAAUCCGCCCUGCAACCCCAAAGUAUCGGCAGCGAUGCUCACGGCCGUCUACAACUGGAAAUCGCACUCGGCUACGAAUCAGACGACGAUGAUGACGACGACGAAAUGGACGAUGAAACCCAGCCUACCAGCACGACCAAACGAAACCCACGCAUCGGCUCCCACAAAGCCCUAAACGCCACAACCACCAACCUCCUGACCUCCAUCUCAACCCGCCGCCACCUAGCCCAAACAGACCAACACUCGCUCCUCGGCCUCUCCCAACCAACCUUCGACUCCCUAACCCAAACCCACAACACGACGAUAGAAUUCCUGCACUACUUCUGGACCCUCUUCCUCUCCGGCGACAGCACGCGCACUACCGAGCUCUCCCAACUGGUCUCCACUCUCGAUAAGUCUUUGGACAGGAUUGAAGCUGUGGCUGCUCAGGCGGAGAAGGAGAGAGAAGGUUUGAUUGAGAAGGGGAGGAAGCAGAUGCAGGAUUAUUUCAAGCGGACGGGGAAGAAGAGGAGGGUGGAUGAGAGUGGUUUUGGUGGAGGUAGAGGGGUGGUGGAGGGGAUGGUGGGCCCGACUAAGGAGGCUAUUCGGGUGGCGGGGGAGGUGUAUCGGAGGGCGUUAGAGGAGCAGAUGAGGGAGGGCGGUGGAUGA